UUUAACUAUGUUUGCAGAUGUACCCGAGCUGUUGAGUUCAUACUCGAACUCGCCUUAAAUCUUUUCCACUGGCAAAGUUUGGUGGCUUGAUCUUUGCUCACUUCUUGAAAACUUCAUGCUCGGCCUCCAUCUUCAACCAUCUGCCUCCCUUUCACUCCCUGCGUUUGGAAGGAAGAAGCUUUUUUGACUUGUUGUAUGUUUUUUAAGCUAUUCCAGAUGGCAUACCACCUGUUUGAUUAAAUGCACUUGUGGAAAAUUGUUGAAGUAUUAGAUUAUCGAAGAUGAUGGUUUAUGAAGGGUUCAAGGAAAUUCUCAAGAUUCAGAAGUUCAGGAGGUUCGUGGGGUACUCGGUGUUUUAUUGCUUCACUGCCGUCUUGAGCUAUGCUUAUACCAACAACACUACUAGAGCUGGAUAUUCUAGAGGAGACCAGUACUAUGCGGCUUACCCGGCUGGAACCGAGUUAUUGGGUGAUUCUGAUAAGUUGUACAAAGCUGCUCUUGGCAAUUGCUUUGAUGCGGAAGAGUGGGGUCCCAUCGAGUUCUGCAUCAUGUCCAAGCACUUCGAGCGCCAAGGAAAAGCACCAUAUGCAUAUCAUGCUCAAUACGCGGCACACCUUCUCUCCCUUGGACAGCUAGAUGGAUCCGGAUAGAGGGAAAUGCUGAUACAGCGAUAUUUAUUUGGUGGACUGUGUAAUAACGAAACUGCGGGAUAGAGGGAACAUCUUCCUGUUUGGAUUUGUUAAAAAUUGUAAAAACAAGAGCCCGUGGCUUUACUUUUAUAAGUAAUAUGCUGUAUGGUAUUAGUUUUUUUAUAUACUAGUUCC